UGGACGGCAGCGCAUGCGCACUCCGCCCCGCCCCUUGAGAGACUCGAGCUUCCGGUGUCCGCGAGGAGCUGCCGGCUGCCAACCAACCAUAACAUCCGGCCUGGGCCCCGAGCCGCCGCCAUGCUGCUCACCGUGUACUGUGUCCGCAGAGACCUCACCGAGAUCACCUUCUCCCUGGAGGUGGACGGAGACUUCGAGCUCGAGAACUUCCGGGCGCUGUGUGAGCUGGAGAGCGGCAUCCCGGCCGCCGAGACCCAGAUUGUCUAUGCAGAGAUACCCUUAACAGAUAAUCAGAGAUCGUUAUCGUCAUACGGGUUAAAAGAUGGAGAUGUGGUUGUUUUACGGCAGACAGAUCCCAUUGAGCCAAGAGCUUCUGCUCCAUUUCCAGGCUUACCGAGGAUAGAUUUCAGCAGCAUUGCAGUUCCUGGUACGUCUGGCCGUGCUGCGCCAACACAGCCUGCAGCUCCACCACCCGACUCCUCAUCUUUUCCGCAGGGUCUAGACAAUCCUACCCUUCUUCGGGAAAUGCUGCUGGCGAAUCCCCAUGAACUGUCAUUGCUGAAAGAGCGAAAUCCACCACUGGCUGAGGCCCUGCUAAGUGGAGACAUAGAGAAAUUCACUAAAGUGCUUUUGGAACAGCAGCAGGAGAGAGCUCGUCGCGAGCAGGAACGAAUUCGUCUCUUCUCAGCUGAUCCAUUUGAUUUGGAGGCUCAAGCGAAAAUAGAGGAAGAUAUCAGGCAGCAGAAUAUUGAGGAGAACAUGACCAUAGCCAUGGAAGAAGCUCCAGAGAGUUUUGGCCAGGUGGUCAUGCUCUAUAUAAACUGCAAAGUGAAUGGGUACCCAGUUAAAGCGUUUGUGGAUUCAGGUGCCCAGAUGACCAUUAUGAGUCAGGCCUGUGCGGAAAGGUGUCACAUCAUGAGGCUGGUGGAUAGGAGAUGGGCCGGUAUUGCCAAGGGUGUGGGAACACAGAAAAUCAUUGGUCGGGUACAUCUAGCUCAAGUCCAAAUUGAAGGGGACUUCCUGCCCUGCUCCUUCUCGAUCCUGGAGGAACAGCCCAUGGAUAUGCUUCUUGGCUUGGAUAUGUUAAAGAGACACCAGUGUUCCAUUGAUCUGGAAAAGAAUGUGCUAGUUAUUGGCACUACAGGCACUCGUACCAGUUUCCUGCCAGAGGGUGAGCUUCCGGAGUGUGCAAGGCUGGCAUAUGGGCCGGGCAGGGAAGAUAUGCACACAGAGGAGAUCGCAGACAGGGAAUUAGCAGAAGUGUUGCAGAAAUCAGCAGAGGAAGCAGAUAAAGAAACUACCUCACAGGAAGAUCUAUCACUGACGGUACCAAGCGAUGGACUUCUCCGCCCUGUCCAUUUGCCAGGCAUAGCUUCAGAACCCGUUGCUCAUUCAGCCUCCACGAUCUGCUCAGGCCUGUCCACUGUGACAGAGAGCACAGAGCCACCAACAAAUCCUCCCAUAGUGGAGGCCUCCGGAGCAGAGAGCCUGGACCUCACAGAAGCCGAUUUGCAAACUGUGGUCCCUCCUUUUCCUGUUAUAGAUCUUGUAGCUGGUGAAAAUUCAAUUGAUUUGGAUCUUUCUCAUAUCGCCGGUGCUGAUCAGACAGACGGAUGUCUGCAAGUUAUUGAUAAACCUAUGUCUACCCCAGAGCAUGAGGACCGCUCUUUGCCAGACUCCUCCAAUAACAGACCGUCAUUAGAACCCAUUCAAUCUAAAGCUUCACAAAACUGUUCUCCCAUGCAAGAUCAAGCUGACCAGCUUCAGCUCUGUUUGGAUGACCUGCCUAAUUGUUCUAGAUCGUGUCAAGACUUUGGUGACAGACUGGAAGUGGAAGCACUGUCUGUUGAUGCAGAAGCCCCAAUGGAUGUGGACCUUUCCACAGCUAAUUCCAUUGAUGACGCUGGCCACACAAAACCAUCUACUACAAAUUGCGACCGCUCUGAGUGCACACCGCAACAAGAAAAUGGUGACUCCAACCCGGAUCCUUUAAAACCACAAGUCACUUUUAGCAGUGCAACUCACUUUUUGGAUGGUGAGGUGUCUGAGGAAGUAAACAGUACUUCCAACGAUAUCUCCCCACUUCCUUUACACAGUCCAAACCGAGAUUUGGAAGAGAACUGCUUUUCUUUGGCUACUGCUUUGAAAGAACUUCACAAACUCUUAGUCAUGAGUGGUAAGGGAUCCAGCAGAACUCUGCAUGAAAAGGCUAGUGAUUUUGAAAACACAGAUCAUGGCAUGUAUGAGACAUCUUGUCAAAAUGAACUUCCAAGCAGCCAACUCAACCAGAAUGAAGCUGUGUCUGAUGCACACCACUUUGCUGAUGAUGAGGGUGUUUCUUUUGAUAAAAAAGAUGGUGGUGGAUCUUCUGACCAAGGACCAACCACCUCUGGCCAGUUUGGUUGCUUUGACAAACCUAAAUCUGCAGAGGGUUUGGACCUUUCUGACUCAAAUGAUCCUCUAAAAACCAAAGUGGAGAGUUUCACUGAUUUUGCUGCUGAGGACACCCCUGACACACACAACAAUGAACCUACUCUGAAUAACUCAAAGUUUUACAUGGAAAAUCCAGAGACUACAUCCAACAAUUUCACACAACAUGCUGGGGACAGAAUGGUAAAGAGCUCUGAUACUAAAGACCUGGUAGGAGAUGUAACUGUCUCUGGAUUUAACAAUGAAACCAACAGGGAUCAGGAUGACCAGUCAGCUGCAAGUUCCAGCCCCCCUCACUCUCAAAUUGCUUUCUCUCCAUCUGAUAUAGAGCGGAUUGUAAGUGCAGGCUUUUCAUUGCAAGACGCAGUCCUGGCCCUAGAGAAUGCAGAUGGAAAUGCUGAUCUUGCUCUGCUAGCUUUAUUAGUAAAGAAUAUUGCUGUCCCCCCCAUGAUUCCAUUAGCCCACGAUUAAUUGUAUUCGGCUAGAAUGGACGCCAGGGGUUCAGUGAUGGUGAGCUGCUCUCUUGAUACUAGAUUUGGUGAUUACAUUAUUUUAUGCUAGCUGUCUACCUUGAGAUCACUAAUCGAUCAAACUGGAAAAUGAUUUAACGUUUGCCAGUGUCCCAAGGCCUUGACAAAGUUACCUGGGAGCAAUCCUCAACUCUCCGUUUGCUAUUCUAGCAUAUUCUUCUGUGGCCAUAAAGGAACCCAACAUCGGGGAGCCAUUUCCAUGCAGACACUGGACCGCUUGCAUUGUUUCCCUAAAGAUAUGAGCUGUGAUUUUGCUUUCAAUCCGAUAAAAGGAUGCUGCAUUACUGUAGGGUGUACUGGACUUUCUACAAAAUAACCAAUAUUUCUCCUAGAGCCAUAGUUUCCUCUGUUCCCUUUUAAAGUGUUGUAAACCUGUAAAACAUGUACUUUACCUGUCAGCAUUGCCCAGCCAAUCAGAUUCAUCCCCCUCCCAUUUGUAGACCUAUUUUAAUCUUUAUUUAAUCCUUUGUGAUAUCCUUCUUAUUUAUUGAUAUUCAAAUAGCAGUUUAAUUGGAAUGAAUUAAAUUUUUCACCUGUUAGGCAGGAUUUUUAAUAUGCUUGAAGGAUUAUAAGAAAUGCUUUGGUCAACUAAACCGCUUUACAGGUGUCUUACAUCACAUUGUUUACAAAUAUUUCUAAGACAAAUCCAAAAUGUACAUGAAUAUAUAUAUAUGUGUGUGUGUUGAGUGACAUCUACAGGACAUAAAGUGACAUCGUGGACAUGCGUGAAGUCAUAAUUUACAAGGAAUUGUGGGAGGUCCUGCUUAAGGAAUAUUUCUGGGAGCAAGAUUCUACAUGUGGAGCAAUUGGCAGGAACAAACUUUGUUUCCAUGGUAACUGCUCCACUUUUAGCACAGUUCCCAGACCUUUAGGACUUAUCCAUCUCUUUUUAGUUGUAAUAUUAUUUCCCUUAAACUUUAAUUAUAGUUUUAUUUUCUGUUUAGUCAAGCAUCUGUUUUAUAUCAUGGGGGCUCUUUGCGUAUAAGUGUUUUUCCAAGGCUCUAUGGAACCUGGAAACCCUUUACAUUUUUUAGGGAAAUCCGUAUUUUAAACCGAAGUAUAUUAAAAUUGCCCACCACAGACAGGUGUCGCUAAUUGUGAACCAACCUUAUGUUAAAACUUUAAAAGAAGUAAUGUGUAUUCGAUAAGGCCUUCCCUACUGCUAGUUUUAAAAUUGUUAUACUUUCCUCAGGGUUUCUGUCUCCAAGCCUCAAAUGAUCUGUAAACAUAUCAGCAUUCUGCGUCUGUGCCCUGCCUUUCCUACUGUGCUAAAUCAUUUGUGAGGUUGCUGCACUGCCAUUGAGGUGGAAGGACAGACGUUUUUAUUUUUUCUGCCCUGUAUUUUCUCUACAGGAGCAUGCAAUGCACUAUACAGCUGUUUUUUCUUAAUGGUUAUUCAUGGGUUAAUUGCAGAUCCUCUGAUUUUAAUUUAUUUUACGAUUUCCUUUUCGUCAGAUUCCCUGAUCACUCUGUGUACCAGAUAUGUCUGACUAUUCAUUGUUUGUUGCAAUUGAGCAAUUAAACCAUAACCACAAUUUGUUAAUGGUGGUCAUCACUAAUUGGUCACGGCCUGGGAAUAUGAAUGAAUGAAUGCAUGUCCAGCACUAGGCCCCAAAGCUACAAUCUCAGGGCAGAGUUUGAAGCAGAAUGUAACACUUGAAAUCUUGCAUCCAUCACUUGUUCUGCCUUUCUGAUUUUAGAUUCAGUGCCCAAAACUAGUUUAGGUCCCAGGAAAGUGCUGCAUUUUGCAGUGCAGGAGCUAGCGCUAUAAACCUGGGGCUGUUUUAUUGGCAAACAGCAAGGUUUGGAAACGCUGAUAUUGUUUUGUGCCUUUUCAUUGAUGGACAGAGUUGGUCUCCGCAUCCAAGAUUGAAGAUUUUAGCUUGUUUGUUUGAUGGAUUGUGGCUCGAACUGGAAGAUUCAGAAGUGUGUAAUUAAUAAAGAUUUUGUUUU